GUCUGCUACUUUCUGAGGACUCAUUUGUUAGAUCGUAAAGGUCUUGUCUCUGCAUUGAUCGGCAAGAGCGCAACUAAGCACACAGCAGCUGUCGUUCUGAACCGUUUACUGACGAUGAUAUCUUCUGCCGUCAGCAAGCAGUCAACCGAGCCUAUGAUGGAUCUGCUGUUCUCUAUUAUUUGUUUGUACCAUCGUUGCGGGUUGAAGCUGCCACCAUCGGAUCUGACCACGAUCACAAGUUUUAUCUGUCGACGUCACAUCUCUUGCGAUGGCUAUCUUACUGCAGCUCUUGCUGCUCUUAUUGCAACCCCGACAUUAACUUUCUCCAUGAGUGUUCCUGUUGCUCUGAGCUACCAGGUGGAGCCUCAUAUUUCCGUUUGGUUUGAGUGGUUGCGAAGUGAGAGUGAAGGAGGUUCUCGCCAAGCGCUGGCUAAAGAUCUGCUCUAUGUUGGACUGGGCAUCGUCGGAGGACGUUCGGAUGCUAUUUGCUCGUAUUUUGCAGAAACACUAAGACUGCAGAAAGUCUCUAUUCAUCAGAGGCAUAUGGAACAAUGGAAAACACUUUUCGUAAACUCUUGCCUUUCUGAAGCGGAUGUCACAGCGAGGUGCGCAACGCUACCGAUAACACCAUCUCUGUCUUCUUCUUCUGGAAACAGGUUGCCCAUUCACGCAAUGGCAGAGCUAAUGUCAGCAAACGCGUUCACAAAGCACAACGUUGAUAUCAGUACUUGGAUGCAAAGCCAACUCGUAGAACUGUCAUUGCCGAUGCAUCCACAGCUACCUGAACUUACCCUGCGUUUCGCUAUAGAGUCAGCGCAGAAAAAUCUCUCGGGGUUAUCGAAUGAGUUUGUCGAGAGUGUGUUUUCUGGUGAUCUUCUUGAUGAGUCCAAGCUAGCUGUUCGAGUUAUUGUCCUCUUGUACCUUCUAUGCUACAAGACGAGAAUAGAUUCAGCUCGGAGCACAGGGAUUUACGCAAAUGAUGUCUAUAUGCGCCUUCCUAUUCGUUAUUUGUUGAGUAUCAUGGAAGUACGGUAUGACGAUUUUGCAAAGGCACGGUGUCACCUGAUUCGCUUCGCAACUGACCUAUUCUCACACAUGUUGCCAACGGUCGACAGCUUAGCCAUUGCUAGCUCACGCUGCAUAGGUGUUCACAUAAAGGAGGAAAAUGCACAGUUUGGCGAGCUUCUGUGUUCUCCCGACUUCGCCGUGGCAAUGACUGCUGCGCAACGUUUCGAUGCUGCUCCACUUACUGAUCAGGUCAGCUAG